CCCCGAGAACCUGCCCGACCGGUCUCAAAGGUACCGCACCGCGCCGUCGCCCCACUCUCCCAUAAUCCGGCAGCGACGAGGCUCGCAGCGGCUGCCGAAACUAGCAGUUCCAAGGUUCAGCAGAGAAGCAGCUGCCGCCCCGACGCCCGGACCAUAGAAGAGCUGCUACCCCGACUCCCGGAGCAAGUGUUGCCCGCACGAGCCACAACGACUGUACAAUGAGCGCCACGGCCACCGCGACGGCGCCGCGCGCCGACCACCCGGAUACCAUAAGAAGGCGCAAGCGCAGCCCGAGCCCGAACGGCGUCGAGGACACUUUGAACAAGAAGCUCCAGAAGCACAACUGGUUCAAGGACAUCGACCACCUGGAGCUCAACCCCCUGUUUCUGCUGGAGCUGCCCGGGGUUAUUUUGCUAUCGAUCUACUACCGGCAGCACUUUAGCUGGAGCGUGAUGCCCCACAUGUUUGGCAUUUAUAUGCUCAAGGAGAUCAUUGGCAUGUCGGCGUGCUUACAUAGAUACUUCGCUCAUAGAGGAUUUACGUGUAGUCGAUUCGUCCAAUUCUUACUCUACUUGGGAGGAUCAUUAGCGUCCCAAGGCUCCCCCAUCUGGUGGGCCUCGAUGCACCGGCGGCACCACGCGGCCUGCGACACGGACGACGACCCGCACUCGCCCGUCGUCAAGGGCUUUUUCAUGGCGUGGAUAGGCUGGGUCUACGUCCCCGGGAACGAGGGCGCGCUCGGCGCCGGGACGGACCGACGACUCGUACGGGACUUACUCGCGUUUCCGGAGCUCGCGAUCAUGGAGAACCUGCAUUUCGGCGUCGUACUGGCCGCGCACUACGCGUUCUAUCGGUACGGAGGCAUCCAGUGGGCCCUCUUCGUGAGCGCGUGGUCGAGCAUCAUCUGCCAGCUCGCCACGCUGUAUUUCAACGCCGCGUUCCACACCCCGGACCAUGAGGAGGACAGGUUCCCCGGGGCCUGCCAGGCUCGCGACAUUCCGUUAGAUCCAUUAUCAAACUUGAUGGGCGAGGCGUACCACCGGUGGCACCACCAGCACCCGAAGGCGUUCCAAAGGCCGGGCCUGGACCUGCCCUACUACCUCUUCAUCCUACCUAUGCUCAAGCUGGGCGUGUUCCACGGCAAGAACCGGCUCUGA